CCAAGUCCAUCAGUUUAUGUGGCUCCUAAUGGCUCUUGAACUCUCUCUCACACUGCUAUCCAAUAAAAAAACCAAAGGCUCUCAAAAUUACACCAAAAAUAUCCCCUCCCUUUUCCACAAUAAAAGGCCAUUAACAACAACUCGCACAACUUCUAACAAGCAAAACAUUAAAGCCCACAAAUUUUCUCACAGAUUAGAGCAUAGUUUCUGGUUCUUUCUUUUUCAAUGGCAACUUCAAUUUCUGCAACUGGGUUUAAAGGAAACUUGUGUUCCUCAUUCCAUGGAACUUGGGCAACUUCAAUAGUGGGGGAAGAUUAUGCCAUGCUGGUGAAAUCAGUGCCAAGCCAUGUGAGAGUUGGGAAGCCAAUCAGAGCACAACCCAUGAUGAAGAACGUCAAUGAAGGCAAAGGUAUCUUUGCACCUGCUGUUGUUGUUGCACGUAACAUCAUUGGCAAGAAGAGGUUCAACCAAAUUAGGGGCAAAGCUAUUGCUUUGCACUCGCAGGUAAUUACUGAGUUCUGCAAAUCCAUAGGAGCUGACGCGAAACAAAGGCAAGGACUGAUUCGGCUGGCGAAGAAGAAUGGAGAAAGGCUAGGGUUCCUGGCAUGAGAAAGAAAUCAGUAGAGCAUGCAUGCCUCCAUUUUGUUGUCAACAUUAGAAAUUUAUUGUUAUAGUUAAUUUCAUACUUCAUUCUCAAGGACUUCCAGAUGCAUAUACUCGUCCAGCUGGGAUUUCCUGAACAUCUUUCAGAAUGUAAAAUUUGUUGUCUGCUCCUCCAUAUUCAUCUCCAUCUCCCUCUCCAUCUCCAUAUAUUAUAUAUGCAGUUGUCAUGAUCA